AGCAAGCUCUUCACAAGCUAUGCAUUUCAGCAGCCAAGUGUGUGUGUGCCCAUCUCGCAAACACACUCACCCACAUUUAAGAUAGCAUCAAACACCUUGGUCCCUGAGAUUAAAAGGAAAUGUGCUUUAAAUAGUCACAGGAAGUUUCCAAAGACCAUAUUUAAUGCCUUACAGAUGUCUAGAGAAUUAUUGUCUCCAUCAUUCAGACUUCUCCUUGGACUUAAAGAUGAACAGUACAGAGUUCAGCUCCUUCUCUAACAACACCAGCCAUGUCCCAUGUCCCAUAAGGUCCCAGAAUAUCUCAAUUUCGGUGCUCAUUUUUCUGACUUUCCUGAUGGGACUCCUGCUUAAUGUCUUCAGUCUGUGGGUGUUCACAUUCAGGACACCAGAAUGGACAUCCAGCACUGUUCUUCAGUUUCAUCUAGCCAUCAGUGAUGUCCUUAUGUGUCCUAUGGGACCUUUUAUGGCAACAUAUUAUCACACUGCUAACUGGCUUUUUGGGAGCACUCUCUGUAAGCUUAAAAUAGCUUUAAUAACCUUUCACAUUUACAGCAGUAUUCUGUUCCUGACUCUGAUUAGCAUUCACCGCUAUGUGGCCGUGGUACGCUACAACCAAGACUCUUGCAUGAAUCGAAAAGGCUUUGUCCAGAAAAUCUGCUUUGGAGUUUGGCUUCUUGUAUUGGUUAAAGGAAGCGCUUUAGCGGCUGUUUUAGACACAAGCACGGUGGGCAAUCACACUUUAUGCCUCAGCAUCCACCAAGGAAAAUACACUGACUUGUAUUUCAUUGUAAACUUCACCAUCCUCAUUCCUGGAUUGCUUCUAGCAUUCACUGUUUCUGCGAUCUGCUACACUCUUCUGGUGCGCUCGAUGGCCCGUCUCGACACUAGCCACGACAGCGGACAAGCAAUUAAGAGCAAAUCCCGUAAAAUGGUGGCUGUUUGUUUGGCUAUUUUUGUAGUUUGUUUCACGCCUAUGAAUGCGGUGCGCAGUGUGGGUCUCGUGAUCAAGAAAUUCUUUCCCCACAAAAGUUGUCUUCUUUUGGAAGUGGAAACUGCAUACUAUGUGUCGUGGAUCUUGGCCGGAGCCAACUGCUGUCUCGAUCCAAUAAUCUAUUGUUUCAGCUGUCAGAAAUUCACAAAAACAUUUCAUAUCCCUUUUAGGAAAAUAGGUCUGAGGCUUAAAUCAUGUUGAAUCUUCAUAAGAUUGCUCUUAUGUUAACAAGAGGAGAACUGGCCUCCCAACUGAGCCAGGCUUCUUCCGAGGUUUUUUUUCCUCCAUUCUGUCACGGAUGGGGUUCUGGUUCCUUGCCACUGUUGCCUCUGGCUUGCUUAGUUGGGGACACUUAAUUUCUAGCGAAUAUCAUCAUCAUUUGAUCACAGAGUGUUUAAUCUUGUCAUUAUACAUUCCUAUUCUCUUAUUUGAUACUAUUCAGUGCUUUGACACAAUGCUGUAUAUAUAUAUAGCUGCAUAUUUAAUGCUAAUUAAAUUUUUUUAAUAAAGCAAA